ACGGCACUGGCAGCACUAUUCAUAGAAAAACAAAUCGUCUUUCUUUAUACAUCUUUCAAAUAUGUAAACUAAUAUAAAAUUGAUUAAUUAAAAAAUAUUUCAUUAUUUCAAUUAUUGCAAUUUCCCCUAAUAAAGGAAGAAAAAUCGAUUUUCGAGACUAUAGAGUAAUGCCUUAAACAGGCAGUUGAGCAAUUGCGAGAUAGUUAGAACUGAGUAAUUAGGACAAUUAAAUAGAACAUGUUAUAGUACAAUUUAAAACCGUUUCAACUGCGCAUUGAUGCUAAAAUAUACAAUUGAAUUUCAUUUUUAAAUUCAAAAUCAUUGCAUGUUUUUGGUUUUCGUCCAAAACGAUGAAACUGUUAAAAUAAUCUAUUGGCGGGGAUCACCUCUUCACAAGAUAUAGUUGUUAGUCGUUCAGAGCAGAAUAAAUUCUAGUUAAUAACAGGUGUUAGUGCCGUGACCAGGUGGCAUGCAUAAUUUAUAUGUCAUCCAAAAACAAUCCAUUAAAAAGUUUCACUCGUUGUGUAGUUGUUUUUAAAAGAAAUAUAGUUGUGUUGAACUCGUUAUUUUGUCUAAUUAUUUUACAGUGGCACUUUUUUUAGUGACUAAAUUAUAUACAUAUAUAUAUAUAUAUGUAUCAAUUGAAAAUACAAAAUUAGUUGUGUGUUUUUUAAAUUUAACGAAUUUAUACAAUUGUUAUUUAAUUUGCAUAAUAUUUGUGUCAAUAAUGAAAUUGUGCAGUUUAAGAAAAGCAAUCAAUAAAGAAAAUUGACAAAAAAUCAUACGUUUCCUAUAAAAAUAUGUAUUCAAUAAUUUAGAGUGCGUGUACUACAACUAACUAUUAAAAUAAAUAAAAUUUUAUCCAAACAAGUCAUGAUAAUGAGAUUAUCGAAAUUCAAAAUUUUUAACUUGAUGAUUAUAAUGAUAUUAGCAAGAAACAUAAAUGUCAAUUCUCAAUCAGCUAUAACAUCAAAAUGUUGUCCAGUAAAUGAGACUCUUCAAGGGGAUGGUGUUGAUUUGAUCACUAAUAAAUGUGAGCAAAGAAAUGUGACAUUUAAACCAACUUUUUGGCCAACUUUUAUCAACACUACGGAAAACGUCAACUUAGUAAUUGGUAAUCCUUGCAAGUACGGAAGAUAUCUUAUGGAUGAAGUAAUUUACAGCGAGUUUUUUUUAUUAAGGAAUGGAACUUUGUAUUUGCCUAUUUACAAAGAAUUUUUAAACAUUGAUCAAUACUGUUUGGAUACUUUAUUUAUAGAAAAUCAAGCAAUUAUUUUACCAAUAAUUUGUUUUCCUAAGCCCAAGUUUUCACAUACUUUAGAAAAAAUUGUUUCUUUAAUUUUUCCAUAUGGGUUUUUACUUUCAUCGAUGUUAUUAACAAUUGCUAUUAUAUUAGAAGUACGGUUUUAUAAAAAAUACAGUUCACAAAAUAAUUUUCACUCUUACUGGCUGUACUUUCAUGUAUGUUUAAUAAUAUCAUUUACUACCUUAUUAACAAGACAUUUAAUAAGUAAAACAAAAAACAAAAUUAUUACUGUGCUAGAAUUCACACUUCAAUAUUUAUAUGUUUCAAGCUUAUUUAUGUUAAGUAUGAUGAGUUACGAAUUUUUAAAGAUAUUCAGUUGUAACAAUAAAUUUAACAAAAAUAUUCAAAAAUACUUAUGCAAUAUUAACAGUAUUAGUAUGCCAAUAUGGAUAUUUCUUAUUCAAGGAGUAAUUUCAUAUAUAACUAAUUGGUCUUCUGUAUUACCUACUAUAUUUUUGUUGUACAAUGAAACAGAAUCAGUCACAUUGCAUUUUUUACGAAUUUUCAUAUAUGAAGUAUUUUAUGGAAUACUUUUAAUGUUAAUUGGAAUUUUGACAGUAGUAACAAUUAAAAAAAAUCAAAAUAUUUUUGAAGAAUAUCAAAGUGCCCAAACAACAAAUAGUCAAUAUCAGUACAUUAAACAAAUUUUAGCAGUCAGUUUAAUGGUAUUUUAUUGGUUAUUAGAGAUAUUUGGUGUUCCAUCAUCAGAAGGCAUCUUGAUUACAUGGAUAAUAUUUAUACUUGCCACUGUAAUAAUUUACAGUAUUAGUUUACCAUUUUUAAUACUAUUUUAUUCAAGAAAAGUUAUAUUUAAUAAUACACAAACUGAGAUGGUUUCUUGAGUUAAUGAAACAUAUAUUUUUAAUAUUAAAGCAUAAUAUUUGAUUUGGUA